UCCUUCGCUAUGCCUGCUGGGAUUUUGGCGCGAUCAUGGCCGACCCUGGAAAAUUGAGAGGGAUGGACGCGCUCAUCGAGCAGUUUCGCGCCAUUGCAGAUACCACAGAGGAUGUGGCACGCCACAUGCUGGAGGCCUGUGGAGGCAACCUGGAGAUGGCCAUUACCAUGCACCUAGAGGGGGGAGCAGGUUCAGCCGGAGGGGCUGGUCCCUCCAGCACACCAGGGGCAGUGCCAGAUGGAGCAGGACCAUCUAUAGCAGAUGAUGCAGUGCGAGCCCCAAUUCCACAGACCGCAGGUGUACUGGUAGAGGAGUCUCUGUACCAGAGUUAUGUGCCACAAGGACGCUUAAGAAAACCAAGGUCUGUGUUUGAUGGUUUUCGAGACUUCCAAGCUGAGACAAGGCAACAGGAGCAAGCUUUGCGGGACCGACUGAGUGGGAAGACAACAGCAAAGAAGAGAACCUUAGAAGACCUCUUCAGACCUCCCAUCGACCUUUUACACAAAGGCACCUUUGAGACAGCGAAGAAGGAGGGUGAGACUGGGAACAAGUGGCUGCUGGUGAAUGUGCAGAACGUGCAGGAGUUUCCCUGUCAGCAGCUCAACAGGGACGUCUGGAGCAACGGGCUGGUCAAGUCUAUCGUACAGGAGCACUUCGUGCUGUGGCAGGUUUACCAUGACAGCGCAGAGGGCCAGCGGUACAUCCAGUUUUACAAGGUCGACACCUUCCCCUAUAUUGCUGUCCUGGACCCAAGAACAGGAGAGAGGCUGGCUGAGUGGAAUACUGUUGAUCCUACUGCCUUUAUCGACAUGGCUACCACAUUCCUGACUGACCAUGGUGCAUUGGAUGGUGAAUCUUGCAGCCCACCGAAGAAGAGAACAAAAAGGCAGGAAAGCAUUAUUGACGCAAGUGAGGACAGCCAAUUGGAGGCAGCUAUCGCAGCGUCACUACAGGAAACCGAAGCCACAUCCGAGAAACCCGUCAACGCGGCGAACGACUCCAGCUCCGAGUCAGAACUGGACAUCACCGACGACGAGAGCGAAACAUUCCACUCCGUGAACGGGGAGAGUUCCGAUAACGACAGCGACGUGGAGGUCGAAAGGAUUGUCACCCCCGACCCCAAGGACAGAGUUCAGAGUUCAAAUGUCAGAGUGCAGAGUUCGAAUGGGCAUGCACAGACCUCGAAUUCCAGGACAGAGGAAUCAGAAAGGACUCAGGCAGAGAACAGUACUGAGGACAGAAGUCAGAAUGGAGGUGCAGUGUGUGCUAAAGACUCUACACAGCCAUCUGUCACGGUGAAUGGGAGCACUGCAGCAGCUGAUGAUGAUGAUGACAAUGAUGGGGGGCCAAAGACGAACUUGAUGGUACGCUUUCCCGACGGAAAACGGAAACAGUUCUCCCUCCCAGCAUCUGCCAAACUCAUGACGCUGGUCAAGCUGGUCAUGUCAGAAGGGUACACAAACGAGCGUUAUGAGCUGGUGACGAAUUUCCCGCGCCGGAAGCUCUCGUACAUGGACUUCAACGUCACGCUGAAAGAAGCGGGUCUGUUCCCACAGGAGACCAUCUUCGUUCAGCAGAGAUGACACUGACAAAUUUAGCAGGGAUAGUUGACGUUGAUUGACAGCCGUCAGUUUCCUGUUUUUUUUUCCGUUUUCGGGGCUGAUUUUCUCCUGGAUAGCAAGAGCCAUUAGCAAAGGCAGAAUGAAUGGUUGCAAUGACAUUUGACAUUUCUGAAUCAGUAUUUUCCUUAUAUUCAGCCAGUAAUGCACAAUAUGGCCUGAUAUUAACAGUUAAACAUUUAAAUAACAAACAUUAUGAUAAUAAGGAACUUUUGAGGUACAGUUGCCCACACACACUGCCAUUAUAAGCUGAACCAUUGCACCACUUCUCAUACUUGAUGUUACCAGUAGUAAUAACAAAAAACAUAUCCAUUCAUACAUACAUAAAAACAGGCUAAAAUGUGUAUUUGUUGAAUAGCAGUACUUCAGGUAGUACUCAUAAAGAAAUUUUGG